GACGUCACGGCGGCGCUGGGGUGGUGACGUAACGCAAAACAACAUCGACACUCAGCCCCGCUCAUUUGCAUGGCUCCGCCCACCGCCCUGCCCGCCACACCCCGGGUCCAACGCCUCAUUUGCAUAGCCCCGCCCACAGCUCGUGCACCUUUUCACACUCACUCGCCUGGCACCGCCCCAAAUCGGCGCUCAUUUGCAUCACGCCAGGAUUGCCCGCGAUUUGCAUAAAUCCGGCCGAGAUCCAGCCCCUCAUUUACAUAACCGCGCUCAUUAUGCAGCCAAAGUCCCGCCUCCAUUCAAUUAUCAGGAGCCCGUUUUCAUUUAGGCCACGCCCACACAGCGAGGUUUGGCCGCGCCCCUUUUGUGGGCGGAGCCAAAUCUCUGCCCCCGCCUUUGUGGGCGUGGCCUCGCUCAUUCCCGCCUUUUCUUCCGGAAGUGACGUCACCUCCUCCGCCCCUCUUACCCGGAAGUGCCGCCGCAGCCCCGCCAUGUCGCGCGCCACCAAGCGGAAGCACGUGGUGCGCGAGCUGCUGGAGGAGCGCGUGCAGCCCGCGGAGGGACAGAGCGUGGUCAGGGUGUUGGGGACACCGGGGAACAACCUGCACGAGGUGGAGACGGCGGAGGGGACGCGGUUCCUGGCCAGCAUGCCACCGCGCUUCCGGCGCCACAUCUGGAUCAAGAGAGGUGAUUUCCUGCUCGUUGAUCCCAUCCAGGAGGGCUCCAAGGUCAAAGCUGAGAUUUCCCUGGUGCUGCUCCCGCCCCACGUGCGCUCGCUGCAGCGCCAGGGGCUCUGGCCCGAGGCCUUCGCCCCGCUGGAGAGGAAAAACCCCCGGGAAGGGGACGGCCCCGAGGGGCUCUUUGUGAACACGAACCGGGGGGGGACCCCUGGGGAUAGCGGGGACAGCGAUGGGGACACCGAGGAGGACACCGAGGACAGCGAUGGGGACAACGAGGACAGCGAUGGGGACAAUGAGGAGGACACAGGGGACAGCGCUGGGGACAAUGGGGACAAUGAGGACGGCGCUGGGGACAAUGAGGACAAUGAGGACGGCGCUGGGGACAAUGGGGACAAUGAGGACGGCGCUGGGGACAAUGAGGACGGCGCUGGGGACAAUGAGGACGGCUCUGGGGACAAUGAGGACAAUGAGGACGGCGCUGGGGACAGCAAGGAGGACACCGGGGACAUCGAGGGACACGGUGGGGACACAAAAGACACCGGGGACAGGGACAGGGGGGACCCCCCCCAAUAAAGGCCCCUGGUGGCACUGGGGACACGGGGCUGUGUCCCCUCCCCCACCCCCAGUGACACGCGGGGACACAAAAGCGA